GUCGAGAUUUAAGUUAACUGUACGCAUGCGUGUGCGCCACACCCCAUAGCAUGUCCGCCAUUUGUGUGUUAAAUUUAUGUUGGGGGGUUUGUGCGACGCCCGAAUGGCAUAAGGAAGAACGGCGAUACCCGAUGCUGCUGCUGCUGCUGCUUGAUGCUUUCUUCCACCACCACUCGCUUCUCUGCGUCUGUAAAUAUAUAUAUAAAUGUAUAAAUGUAUGAGCGGUUGACUAUACCAUUCUACAGUGUGUGGGUUCACUUGGCUGAGUGAGGAGAAGGACAAAGAAUAAUCCAAAUGACCUCGAUGCAUGCGGCGCCAACCGGACAUCCCGAGUAACUUAAAUGUGAAAAUGCACAGACAUAAUCCAGAUUACAAUAAAAAUCGUACGGCUGAACCGCAGGUUGAAUUGGAAAGUCAGUUUAUAUUACGACUACCAGAGGAACCAGCGAAAGUUUUAAGAGAAGUCUUGCAGUCGGGAUUGCCGCUCAAAGAUCGCUUGAGCAUUAAAAUUGAAAAUGACAUGAGAUAUGGAGAAGUUAGAUUUGAUCACUGGCUGUUACAUGCCAAGGUCGUAGAUUUGCCGACAGUUGUCGAGUCUUUGAAGACAAUUGACAAUAAGAGUUUUUACAAGACAGCUGAUAUUUGUCAGACUGUAAUUUGUAAAGAGGAAGAUGAUCAUACGACAGAUGAUGAGUCACCGGUUAGACAAAAGAAAAAAGAUCCGAACAAAGUUGAUAGAAAAUUUUUAUGGCCUCAUGGUUUGACGCCGCCGACAAAAAAUAUACGGAGACGGCGUUUUAGAAAGACACUGAAGAAAAAGUAUGUCGAAGCUCCUGAGAUUGAGAAGGAGGUCAAAAGGUUGUUGAGAGUUGACAACGAUGCAGUUGAAGUUAAGUGGGAAGUUAUCUGUGAGGAUGAAGACAGCACGAAGACUAAUAAAAUAUCUAAUUCGGGUACUGUCAAAGGUAAACGAGAUGCUAAUGGAUCAUCGCAAAAUGUUGAUGUUGCUGAGCACGACAUAUUUGGUGAAGCUGUCAGUGAUAGUGAGGACGAGGACGAAGAGACAAACAUCAAUGUCAUGGAGCUGGAUGAAACCAGCCGCCUGUCUGCUGACAGUCGUGUCUCAGACUCGAAUUCAAUGCAAGUUGGUUUCUCAGAACGUUCUGGACAGGACACCAACACAUGCAGCCAAUUGCUUACCGAAUUCAGCAAAGAUAUGUUCCCCUCUCAGACUUCUGAUGAGCAGGACAACAAAUCUAGUAUUGAAGGAGUUCAAAAAGUACCCAAGAUUGAAGACUUUCAUUCAGAGUACAUUAUUCCUGAUGAUUCUGAGACACCAUCAAUGUCUACCAACAAAGGUUCACUAUCAUCGCGUUUAGUCACACUCCACAAUGAACUAGCGGAAAUACGUCAACGUAAACAGCAGCAGGAAGCUGAAAUAGCAAAUAUUGAUAAUCUUAAAUUACGUCAGAGAUUCCAAGAGAUCCUCGACAACCUCGGGAUACAGGAGGAGCAAAAAGUGCAAGAGAUCCAAGAAUUAGAACUGGCGAGUAAGUACGCGAUUGAAUAAUACUCAUGUGCACUGAUGAGAUGAAUAAUGAUGACAAAUAAUUAACUAUUUAUCGUAAUAAAUACAUAUGUAUAUAUAAUAAUAAUUGAAUACCAAAACAAAAAGUUACAUUAAUUAAUUAAUAAUAAUUUUUUUUCUCACUA